AUGUCUCUACCAAAAACAGCUCUCGUCUUCCUAAUCGCUGCUUUCUCCUACUUCCUCAUCUCUUCUCCACCAAAACCUCACUACUACCACACACUCUUCCUCUCCUCUUCCUUCUCCGACAACACUUCCAUCGCCUUAAACCUCCGCACCCUCACCCGCCGCCCUCAUAUCGCCGGUUCACUAGCCAACGCCGAAGCGGCAGCACACGUUCUCUCCGCCUUCACCUCCUCCUCAUCCAUCAAACCCCACGUCGUAACUUACAAAGUAUCUCUAACGUACCCAGUUCAUCGCUCACUGUCACUAACAACACCAAAAGAAUCAUCAUCGAAGUCCAUCAGUUUCUCUCUUGAGCAAGAACGUAUCGGAGACAAUCCUUACGCGGAAGAAGUCACGCCUACUUUCCACGGUUACGCUAAGUCAGAUAACACUACACAAACCGUCUAUGAGUCAUGGAUAGAAUCAAGCAACUCUGGUGAGAUAGGAAGAUUAGGAAGUGGAGCAUCGGAUUACGCAUCAUUUGUGCAACAUGUAGGCGUUCCAGCAGUUGACAUGGUUUUCGGAGGAGGCUAUCCAGUUUAUCACUCUAUGUAUGAUGACUUCACCUGGAUGGAAAAAUUUGGAGAUCCUAUGUUUCAGCGACAUGUUGCAAUAGCAAGUGUUUUAGGUUUGGUCGCUCUUAGGUUAGCAGAUGAUGAGUUCUUACCUUUCAAUUAUAUCUCCUAUGCAUCAGAACUCAAGAAAAGUGCUGAAGAUUUGGAGAAGUUAGGACAUGGCAUAGAUGUGUCUCCGUUAAUCAAAUCAAUCCAAGAUCUGUCCACAUCUGCUCAAGGCAUCAAUAUAAAGAAAGAGAGAGUAAAGGGAGCGUUGAGAGUGAGGGAGCUCAAUGACAGAUUAAUGAUGGCGGAGCGCGCUUUAACAGACAGAGAUGGACUCUCUGAGAGAACAUGGUACAAGCAUUUGGUAUACGGACCAUCUAAGUAUGAUGACUAUGGAUCAAAAUCGUUUCCUGGAGUUGAUGAUGCAAUAGAUAACGCAAAGAGGGUGAAGACCAAAGCUUCUUGGGAACAUGUUCAACAUGAGAUAUGGAGAGUUUCUAGAGCUAUAAGGCAUGCAUCACUUUUCUUAAAAGGUGAACUGAGAUGAUGCUAUCACAAUGUGUAAACAUGCUGAACUCAAAGCUCAAAGCUCACACUGUUGUACACAAACAUAAACCCAGCUUUUAACUUAAAUCCAAAUUUUAAGUUUUCG